ACGGUGCGUCAUGGAUUUCCCUAUCAGCCCACAGCUCUGGCAUUUGACCGGUGCAAAAAGAUCCUUGCCAUUGGCACUCGUUCUGGAGGAGUACGGCUUCUGGGACGGCCAGGAGUGGACUGUCAUUGCCAGCAUGAGAGUGGGGCGGCAGUUCUCCAACUGCAGUUUCUCAUCAACGAGGGAGCGCUGGUCACAGCUUGUGCUGACGACACGCUGCAUCUCUGGAAUUUGAGACAGCGACGUCCGGCUAUCCUACACUCUCUCAAAUUCAACAGAGAGCGGAUCACAUUUUGUCAUCUUCCAUUUCAAAGUAAGUGGCUUUACGUGGGGACAGAGCGUGGAAAUACACACAUAGUGAACAUCGAAUCCUUCGUUUUGUCUGGAUAUGUCAUCAUGUGGAACAAGGCCAUAGAACUAUCAACAAAGACACAUCCAGGUCCUGUUGUUCAUCUGAGUGACAGUCCAAAAGAUGAGGGAAAGUUGCUGAUAGGUUUCGAGAGUGGUACAAUAGUAAUGUGGGACUUGAGGGCCAAAAGAGCUGACUUCAGGAUAUACUAUGAUGAGGCCAUUCACUCAGUAAGCUGGCAUCACGAGGGGCGGCAGUUCAUGUGCAGUCAUUCUGACGGCAGUCUGAGCAUGUGGAAUCUGAGAAACACAGCCAAACCUUUUCAAGUCACCUUCCCUCAUGGCAAGACUCAGAGAGAUGGUCGAAAAGAAUCAUGUAAACCCAUUCUCAAGGUCGAAUACAAAACCUCCAGAAACAGUAGUGAUGCAUUUAUUGUCUUCUCCGGGGGUCUUUCGUAUGACAAGGCAGGACGGAGACCAACCCUAACCAUCAUGCAUGGCAAAGCCAUCACAGUGUUAGAGAUGGACUAUCCAAUAGUGGACUUCCUAGUGCUCUGUGAUACGCCUUAUCUCAACGAGGUCCAGGAGCCAUAUGCGGUGGCGGUUCUGCUGGAGAAAGAUUUUGUUGUGGUUGAUCUAUCCCAGAGCAAUUUUCCUAUCUUUGAGAACCCCUACCCCAUGGACAUCCAUGAGUCUCCGGUCACAUGCACGGCUUACUUUGCCGACUGUCCCCCCGACAUCAUACCCGUGCUUUACUCCAUAGGAGCUAAACACAAAAAGACCAGCUACAGCCACAAGGAGUGGCCGCUCAGAGGUGGCACAUGGACGGUGGGUUCACAAACAUACCCAGAGAUAAUCAUCACAGGACAUGCAGACGGAUCAAUAAAGUUUUGGGAUGCCACGGCGAUCACACUGCAGAUGUUGUAUAAGCUCAAGACGUCAAAGGUGUUUGAGAAGCCUAAGAGUGGAGAUGUGGGACGAAGCGCUGAGCUUGUGGAGGAAGACCCCUAUGCCAUUCAGAUGAUCAACUGGUGCCCGCAGAGCCGUAUCUUUUGUGUAGUCGGCAUCAGCGCCCACGUCAUCCUGUACCGCUUCAGCAAACAUGACGCCAACACCACCAUCACGUCCCUAGAAGUGCGACUUCAGUGUGAGAUGGAGGAUGUCAUCUCUCCAUCGGAUACAGAGAACACUCCAUGUUUUUCGGACCCCAGCGGUCUCUCACCUCAACCUCAGCCUCCAAGUCCCCGCAGCAACACCCCAGACAGUGUGCGGGACAGCAUCCCUUGCCUCAAGGUUAAAGAUCGGACGAUCCGAAUGCCUCCUGGGUACCAGGCGGAGCUGGUGGUUCAGUUAUUAUGGGUCGAUGGAGAACCGCCACAACAAAUCACCAGCUUGGAUUUAAACUCUGCAUACGGACUGUUGGCUCUAGGUAACUGCAAUGGUUUGGCAGUGGUGGACUACCUGCAGAAAACCAUUCUGCUGUGUAUGAACACCCUGGAGCUUUACGGAUCCGCAGACCCUUUCCAGCGACUAACACGCUCUCCUCGCAAAAACCGACAGUCCACAUCAGACUUUUGCAUGCGCGGCCUGUCUAACUUUUAUUCCGAUUCAAAGAAACGGAUCCGUACUUCCUACCAGAGCCUUACAGAGCUUUCUGAUAAUCAGGUGUCUUUGGACCUAGAGAGGAGCAAGUCACCCACCUCAGCACCCUACACCCCUUCCCUCCAUAAUGACCCUCGAGGCACAGGGGAACCUGUGUCCAACCUCCGAUCCUGCCACUACAGUCCUGUCUUUUACCUGUUGGACAAUGUCAAGGGACCAGGGCAGAAAGUUAAGUCUACCAGACAGACUCUUAAGGACUGA